GCGACUUUCUUCGGCGACAUUUCAUCGCGACGCCGGGGACGGCGUGGUGGAAGCGUCGCCGUUCGUUCGAAGUUCCCGCCGGGGAGAAGGGCGAGGUGUGGCGCCUCCGUCUCUUGCGCUGUUCCGGAGCCCGCGGUAGCCUGACGGGGUUUUCCUCGCUGUUGCCGCCGCGCCGGCGCCAUGUCGACGGGCUUCUCUUUCGGAGCCGGCACGCUGGCGACGGCUGCUGCGGCAGCGGCGGGGACUGGAGGAGGAGGCGGCGGAGGGGGCUUCUCGUUUGGAGCCGCCGCUCCGAGUUCAACAGGAGGGCUUAAUUUUGGGAGCCUGGUCUCAGCACCAACCACCACAACAGCUGCUUCUGUGGGCUUUGGAACUGGACUUUUUAGCACAAAGCCUGCCACUGGUUUUACACUGGGAGGAACCAAUACAGGAACAGCAACGACCAUUGCAACUGGAUUGUCACUUGGCACACCUGCUACUACUUCUGCCCCAACUACAGGCUUUAGUUUAGGAUUUAACAAACCUGCAGGAUCGGCCACUCCAUUUGCUUUGCCUAUCACGUCUACCUCUGCAGGCCUGUCGCUUUCUUCUGCUCUUACAUCAGCCCCUGCAGCAGGGUCCACUGGUUUUACAUUAAACUUGGGAGGCACAGCUGCUCCAACCACCACUGUGUCUACAGGCCUUUCUCUAGGAAGUGCCUUAGCUGGAUUAGGUGGGACACUCUUUCCAAAUGCAAGCACCGCUGCAACAGGUCUUGGACAGAAUGCUUUUGGCUUGACUCUGGGGGCAGCAGCAGCGGCAGCACCAGCCACUACCGUUAAUGAAGGUCUCGGCGGCAUAGACUUCAGCAGCUCUUCAGACAAAAAGAGUGACAAAACAGGAAUUAGGCCAGAGGAUAGUAAAGCCCUUAAAGAUGAAAAUCUACCUCCAGUGAUCUGCCAAGAUGUAGAAAAUCUCCAGAAGUUUGUAAAAGAACAAAAACAGGUUCAGGAGGAAAUUAGUCGAAUGUCUUCCAAAGCAAUGCUUAAAGUACAGGAGGACAUUAAAGCUUUGAAACAACUCUUAUCGGUGGCUGCCAGUGGAUUACAGAGGAACACUCUUAAUAUUGACAAACUGAAAGUGGAAACUGCUCAGGAGCUUAAAAAUGCUGAAAUAGCAUUGAGAACACAGAAAACGCCUCCUGGUCUUCAACAUGAAAAUACAGCCCCAGCCGACUACUUCAGGAUCUUGGUUGAACAGUUUGAAGUACAGCUGCAACAGUACAGGCAACAGAUUGAAGAGCUGGAAAACCAUCUUGCCACUCAGGCAAAUAAUUCACAUAUAACUCCACAAGAUCUGUCUAUGGCAAUGCAAAAAAUUUAUCAAACGUUUGUCGCUCUUGCUGCACAGCUUCAGUCAGUGCAUGAAAAUGUGAAGAUGCUCAAAGACCAGUAUCUUGGUUAUAGAAAAACCUUUCUGGGAGAUUCCAUGGAUGUCUUUGAGGCAAGGCGAGCAGAGGCCAAGAAGUGGCAGACUGCCCCGCGUGUUACAACCGGACCCACUCCUUUCAGCAACCUACCAAACGCAGCAGCCGUUGCCAUGGCUGCAACCCUUACGCAGCAGCAGCAGCCUGCAACAGGGCCACAGCCGUCUCUGGGAGUUAGUUUUGGAACACCAUUCGGGUCAGGUAUUGGCACUGGCUUGCAAUCAAGCGGCUUAGGCUCUUCAAGCCUUGGAGGGUUUGGAAGUAGCUCUGGUUUUGGAAGCACUGCUACAGGUGCAUCAACGUUUGGAUUUGGAACGACAAAUAAGCCUUCAGGAAGCCUUAGCGCAGGCUUUGGCAGUUCAAGCACAUCUGGGUUUAACUUCAGCAAUCCUGGCAUCACAGCAUCAGCUGGCCUGACAUUUGGGGUGUCCAAUCCAGCCUCCGCAAGCUUUGGCACGGGAGGACAACUUCUUCAGCUGAAGAAACCCCCAGCUGGAAACAAGAGGGGGAAAAGAUGAAGUGUUGAGGAGGGGAGGCCCAAAGGCGGGCUGGGGCAGGAAGGAGGGGCGCUGCUACUUUUGUGUGGCUCAUUGUGAGAAAAUCUAUUUUUUUAAGCUGAUAAGACAGGUGCUCCACGUCUUGGAGAUUUAUACUCUUUUGCUACUUCUCCCUGUUCUGGAUUAUCAAAAUGUAAUUAUAACAAACAGCUAUUUUCUUGUGAAUCAAAGCCCAGUUAAGAACUUUUUUUGUCUUAAGUUUAAAAUAUGUAUUUCAUGAUUAAAGAACCCUGUAAAAUCAUCUAUUUAACCUGAUAACAGUAGCAGAAUAUUUUUGUCAAUAAGCUUUAAACUGUGUAGAGAUAAUGCAUAUUUGGAGGGGUUUUGUUUUUGUAUGGAUAAAGUAUAUUCUAGUAAAAUUGCUAGGGCCCGUAUCUUGUUUCUUGAUAGGGCCUUUUAAAGUCAUCAGGGUGGUUUUGUGUAUAUGUAUGUAAAUAUAUACAGUACAAAUACACAGUUGCUUGUGCAUACUGUUACAUGUAAUUCAUUUCAGACUUUUCUUAUAAGGGUGAGGGGUUAGGUCAGGUGCUGUGCACACAGUACACUGCCCUGUGCGUGAUGGAGAACGGGGUCAGGAACAUGCUUUGCUGCCAUGCCCAGUCACUGCCCCACUUCCAUUAUCACUGGGCAUAAUGUUUUGAUGGGGCUACGGGUGUACAAACCAGUGUGCAUAGAUGCCAAUUGCCUAUUCAAUUUGGCAGACUUGUGGGAAGAGGCCCCUGUGAAAUAGGGCCUACAUGGGUGGACCCACCGGGAUAUCAUACCCUCAAGUUAGCAUCAAAGGCGGGACAGGAAUGCUGCGUGAAAGGAGAAGUAGGGGUUGUUUCUUAUCCCUGUACCCUAGAGCUGUAGCAAGGGGGGGACACGCCCGGUGCAGUGGUGCGUCCUCCGCCCCUGCCUCUCCAACGUCCACCCUGGAACGCCCUCACCUCGCCCCCACAGGGGUGCACGCACACACCCUGUCCCCUUGGAGCUACACCUCUGCUGUACCCUGUCACGUGAAAGAGAGUGAUCUGUGGACAUAUCUUAAAUAAAUGUUUCCUAAAUUUAGGUUUGGGUCUGAGUGGUUCUGUUCCCCACCCCACAUACAUGUGUGGUUCUGUCCCCUACCUACCUACACACACACGUAGUGCAUGUAAAGUUUCAGCAUAUCAAUUACCUGUCGUUACAUUCAUUAAUGCAUGCGUUUCCGGGUCAUAAGACAUUGCAAGUUGUUUCAUCUCUUGUUUCCCAUUCUUACGUUGUUUCCAUUCAGUGUGCUCAACUGUGAGUUCACAGUUAGCGUACUCGGAUUAAUCGUUUUUGAGCUGUAGCGGUAUGUUUUCCGUUUUAGGGCUUCCAUGGAUUUGGAGAGCAGACGACUGAUUCUUGUGUUUCGAAAUAGCCCCAGUCUGCACAAAUCACUCGUGAGAGCAGCUCUGCUUGAAUGACAAACGUACUCCAGGAAGGACAGGGCAAAAACUCCUAGAAACAGAGCGCAUUAAAGAUGAGGCAACCUUUAUCCAUGAACUGUAGCUUCUUCCGCAGAUGUUCUUGUUCCCCCUUGCAAUGUGCACACAAGCAGUACGCAAAAGAAAUCAGUACAAGCUGGGGCUGUUUCAGAACCAACGAAUCUACUCUGUUCAGGCAUUCAUUUCCAGUAUAGAUGAAGAAGCUUAGGCUAUUCUGAGAUAAGUAUCAGCUCCAAAAAGGAGAUGCUUGCUUAUAUUCAAAGACAGCAGGUGCAAUAAGUAGCUACAAAGCGUAGAUCAAUGCCGUAUACUAAGAGUGGACUACGGGACAGUCUUGAAAUAGAGUUUAGGGGGCGGCAGUCUUGCGCGUCGAAGAAGUAAUAGCAACAUUGGUUUCCUGAAACUAGGAGCUGUCCUGUCCGGCCCAGCAUGGAACCCAUUAAUUUCAAUGGGACAGAGGAGGGGACAUUCUGUUAACUAGGCUGUCUCAUUACUGCCGCAUGUGUCUGUAUAGAACUUCAGUGAGGUCUAGUCUUUUUACACAGAAACUGUUUUGUAUAUAAUCCAAGCAAAUAUUUACAGCUAUCAUCUAGGCACUUUUAAAAAAUAAACAGUAUAAUGUACAUAAUUCUGGUUUUGAAAUUGUCUGCUUUUGGUUGUUGAGUAUUAUUUUGUAAGUUCCAGCUGUUUUUAUGUCUUCAUAUGUAAUGAGUAAAUCUGGCAGACGUUGUGUCUUAGAUGUGAUGUUCAGAAACAAGGGGGGCUUGCCUUUCAGCUUAUCAAACACCUACUUUCAGCAGGUUUUUUUUUAAAGGUAGAGCUUCUGAACCUGAUAAAAUUAAGAAAAGCUUAAAAGACCACAGCUUUAUUUUUGAAUUAGUGUUAACGCUAUUAUGUUUCAGUUUAAAGAACAGCAAAUCUGACUUGUGUGUUUCUGUUUUUUACGAGAUGACAGUGUUGAACCACUGAAUUUUCUCACUGUAUAUAAUUUGUGAACCUAUUUUUUUAACUGUUGCUGUCUGUCCACACGUGCAUCUUUCUGUUUUCACAGAUUAAAAAAAGUGAUUGAA